UCGGGAGGCUCGAGCGAUUGGAGUGUCACGGCUGCCUUCUCAAACCUAUCAUUGGAUGGUUCUUCUCAACCAGGUACGUGAAAUCAAAUGUAAUUGGAAAUGAGUCCAAGCUCAACACCAACGGUACCAGUCGAGCCUUCCAUGGCUUGGGGCACUUCCGGUAAUACUUCCGCUACUCAAAGUCAAACGCAUCCUCCCGUGGGCUGCUUUAGAGAAUAUGCCGCAAGCUAUCCUGCUCCCUCGCAUGGAUCAUAUCAACCGUUAAGUCAUAACCCGGCCGAAGGAGUGCCGUAUCACGGUCUCUCACCUUUAAGUCUCACAAACCACUACUCAUGGAAUACACCCUACGGCCAGUACCCAUACAGACCGGCACUCUCACAGCAAGUAUCGUCGAUACAGUCACCGUUUCAGUCACCACUUCAGUCCCCGGAGAACCCAUCGCAACUGCAACCCACCAACGAACAACAGUUGCAACAGGUCGCUCGACAUGUUGAGAAGGAGCCUCGUGAGGAGGUUAUACCGGGCGUUCGACCCCAUCGGAAAUUGCUAGGAAGUGCAGGUUAUGUAGAGGAAAUGGAUCCUAAUUUCUCCGUCCGACUUCCAGGAUACAAGUUCUUCAAAAUAGGCGUAGUUUUCCGGGUGCUCUGGCCUGAGCUGGAGGGCGAUGUUGAUGAUAACAUGACAAUGGUAACGACAUCGAGAUUCCCACAGGAGAAUCAAUCUGUGAAGGUGCGAUGGUUUGUAGUCGUUCGUGAAGGCCAUGGUUGUUGCACUUGCUUACCCAUCCAAACAUACGGCGGGCGAGGAGUCACAGGAUUCAAGGUAAAGAGUCACCACGCUAUCGUGUACACUGGCCCGGAUGCGCCGCAACCGCUCCCAAGCGAGCAUCCAUCUUCCCAAACGGAGCUUCCAAUGGGCGACCCUAUCCGGGUUAUAGGCUUGAAACCAUGGGAUAACAAGAUGGAUCUCCUCUCCCGCGUCAAUUUUGUCAAAUUAUACACCAUCGAACAUACCGUCAAAGUGGACCCCUUUGGCUACGUGGAUCUAGACGAUGAAUGGAAACUGAUCUCCCAAUGCGUUGUCCACUGGAGAAUAGCCAAGUUGAGUGCAUUGCCACCAACAGCCGGACAUUCUUACACAGGUUUGUUCGGUUCCAGUCAUCAUCAGACAUCGCAGAGCCAGCAUGGUGCCGGUCACACAAGCGAGGCGGACGAUGAGCCUGGUGAUAAGCAAAAGGAUCAAGUCAGUAGCUACAUCUUCGACAACGAAAAUAACCUCAGCCGAGCCGAUGCAGCCGUCGACUCAACCGGAAAUGGAAAGGGAAAAGGAGCCCAGGGAAGCCGCGACGGCCCCGAACUGCCGAGCGGUUAUUCACAACCGGGUCAGUAUCCAUUGCUAGGGAUGCGUCCAGUGCCAGAGCAUGUCGAACGGGAAAGACGGUAGAGAACCUCUGGUGCAAGAAGGAGAAGAACAAGAAGCGACCUAGAGGAUGCCCAUGAAUACU